UGCGAGCCAACAAUCUCUGUUGGCAAUCCUUCACUCAGCCGUUGCCAACAAGACAUUGCCUGUUGUCCUUCAUCCGAAGCAGUCAAAUCACAUUAACAUCUUAUUCUUCGAUCUUGACGAAAUUUCGUUUACCGGCCUGCAUUCGACAACCAAUCUGUGCACUCACUACAUCGGGUGCAGCCAACCUGUUGCCACCCGCCGGCCGACUCACCUCUCUCACCAUCGCCACCACAAUGGCCUGUAUACUAUUCAGCACUUUCACCACGAGAUUGCAGCGACUCGUAGGCAUGAAGUCUAAAGCUGCUGCCGCUGCCGCAGCAAAGGAGAAGCGCAACUCUCACCCUUUGCAAAUCUCCGCACCGUUCAACUUCAAACAUGAGACCAUCAGUCUUCCCGGACUUUCCGAGGAUGACAUUGCCAUCUUGAAGGAGAAGGCGGCUGCUUCCCGUCUCGGUGUCGCCGGGGCCAACAAGGACCGCUCUUCCCCUUUCGGUAGCCCCCGCAAGGCACCCCGGGCUCCACCGUCCCCGAUGCGAGCCGUCGCGCCCGUCACUGUCCGCUCUGACACACCCCUUUCUAUGGAGGACAAUCUUAUCUAAGGUUCGGCUAGCGCUGGCGUACGCCUUGCCAAACGAAACAAAACACCGUUCUGAUGAACAUCGUCAUGAAUAUGUCGGCAUUCAUUUCUCAACAGCAUCGUCAUGUCUAACAGCAAGCUGGGAGAUAGUUAUCAUGACGGGGAUUGCAGUAUUAUUCUGAGCAAUGUCCAUGCUGUAUUCGCCUUGUGGACCAAUGCCCUUUCUAGUGUGUACUUUACGCUUUUCUCUUCUGCUUCUGUCAUCGUUUUAAGUCCUUGAUUGGACAUAUCUCUUCGGCGUCGGACAUUCUUCGGUAUAAUACCCCUAGGGACAGAACCUCUAUUGGGAGACCCCCUAAUUGCGAUUGAUUCGAAUCUUGAGGCUGUCUUGUUUUUUUUCCCCCUCAUAAGUCUCUUGUUGUUCUGGUUGGCACGGCGGAGUUUCAGGAACUAGGGUAGAAUGGGUAGAUGAACGAUCAUAGCAGUCAUGCAUAUUCACAUACAAAUUCAUUUCAACUCCUCAUUGUGAUAUUAUUAACAAGUAUUUCCCCAUAUUGGGUGAGGACAAGAUCGGGACUUGAGGUUCAUGGUAGCCUUUUUGUUUACCUUUAUUGGAUCCUGAUGCAUUUAUUUUGUGCACAUACCGCUCAAUGUGUAUUGACCUUGGUCUUGAUGUUUAC